UAGAUUCUGUAGCAUGAGGGGAAAAUAAUACAUGCAGGCAGGCAGAGAGUAGGAAGGAGCAGAAAAAAUACAGGAGAGAUGUUAAAGUUUUGUCUGUUAAACACAUAUGGCAAAGAGAGAAAAAUGGAAAGCACUAGUUUGAUGGAACCCUUUUAACGGACCUAAGAAAAUUUGAAGAAAGACAAGAAGAAUAUGUCAGAUACAAAUCCAGAGGAAGAGCAUAGACAAGAGAUGUCUGAAGUGAACAGUCCGUCCAGAAGUAAAUCACUGAUCCAGUCCAUGCUGCAGAGACUAAGCGAUGCAGAACACAACGAUCCAUAUCAUAAACGCCCGAACACCCCCCCGUACCGUUGCCGCGCAGCCUCGGGGGAAACGGACGCUGCUGACAUACUUCGAGCGGAGGUUGUCGCGGUGACUGAGGAAGAUGAUAAUAGUAAUGAUGUUCAGCAAUCGGAAGUUCCGACCGAGACGCACGAAGACCUGAAAUCGCCUUCCAUGGAAUCGGAGGAGAGCGACGAGGGGAAUUCUGGUAUUCAUAUUUUGCAUGCAGUCUUGGAAACACCCGUUGUGGGAGAAGAAACCAGCAUCCCCCCCGCUGUGAUUCCGAGAUGGGAGAGAAAGGUGUUUAAACCCUGUCCUCUUGUCCUAGACACCAGGCGCCCUCCUCCACCCAUACCCUCCAAGAAAAAAAUUCUACCUACACCCCCUGUCCUAAACACCAGAUCCCCUCCUCCACCCGUAUACCCCAAGAAACCAUUUCUACCUACACCCCCUGUCCUAGACACCAGACCCCUUCCUCCACCCAUACCCUCCAAGAAAAAAAUUCUACCUACACCCCCUGUCCUAAACACCAGAUCCCCUCCUCCACCCGUAUACCCCAAAAAAAUGUUUCUACCCAGUCCCCCUGUCCUUGACAUCAGAACCCCUCCUACACCCAAAUCCUGCAAGCGAUCGUUUUUACACAGCUCUCCUGUCCAAGACCCCAGAACACCUACACCACCAAAAUCCCCAAAGACAAGGUUUCUACCUCGUCUGCCGGUUCAGAAGGAGGAUGUGUUGCUGUCCCCUCGAGACAGUCUUUUUAUGAACUCUGUCAUCACUAAGUCCCAAUGCCAAUUCUUGCAGCCACUGCUGGAUCCUCCUCCAACCUGUACAUCACAAGGCAGCGAAGUAGUGCAGAAAAUGGAGCCAACUGGGUCCAUUAUGGAGCAGGACCUUAUUGAGCCGAGGGGGAAGGUUUUAGGGAGCCUCCCAAAAGCCUCAAUGCCAGAGGAGAAGGGGCUAAUGGGAGAACCCAAACUUUUGUCCAAACCUCCAAGCAGAAACAAACAUUUAUCCCUUGGGCUUGAGGGGAGAUCAAAGGACAGCCUAAAUGGAAGUACCUCUUCUGGGCCUGAAACAAGAGAAAUUUCCCCUGACCUCCUGCCUGUACCGCUUCCGAGAUCACGCUUCCUCACUCCCAUAGUUGACAAGGAGAAUUCAGGAGUAGAAAGCGUAUUGUCAGACAGGGAUAAAGACCAGAUUAAUGUGGAGGUAGGAGGGUUGUUGCAGCCGGUGAGAAAUGAAGGAGGCGCAGAAGAAGCUGUGAUUCAGGACACCGUGCUCAGGUCAAAACACCCCAACAUGAAUAUGAAAGCAGACAAAGUUACAAAAUCUGCCAGGAAGAUAAUCGACAGAUGGAAGGAGAACAUAAGGAAGGAGAGAGGAAAAGAGGAGAUACGUGGGGAGGAUGUAGAAAAAGAGACAGAAAACAAACUGCAUUCAGUGAACCUCCAUCGAGGUCAAAAUUCAGUAAGGUUGCAGGCCCAAAUGACAGCCAUUGAAGAAGAGGAGGGCGGCAAAGAUGAGGAGGAGGACAGUAAUGAGGAGGAUGACAACGAUGAGGAGGACCAGGAGGGGGAGGACCAGGAGGGGGAGGAAUUUAGCAGCGUUACCUGUAUGCAGCAGUCACCAAUGAGUGAGCAGCCCAGCCAGGCAGAGUCAUUUAGACGUCAAGGAAGUAUCAUUAGCUCCUUCAAGUUCAACUUCAGUCCCGUUAGCUUGAUGGACGAAAUUCUAACAGGAGAGGAGUGGGCACCCUUCCUGUCCCCCAACAGCAGACGCUGUUCCUCACCAUCUGUUGAUCAGUCAGAAAGGACUAGCCAACAUGGUUAUAAUGACAACAGCCAAAUAAAAAAUGAGCCAGAGCUGGGCUCCCUGAACAAUGUUGAACAGAACCUCAUGGACACAGAUAUUUCUGUAUAUGAGGAAGUAAUCGUCAACCUGUCAGAUAAGACUGUGGAAAACCAAUAUGAUGCAGCACAAAAGAAAGUAAAGUGCAAUGACAAUGGAGUUAAGGCUAUCCUUGAAUCAGAGACUCUAUUGGACUAUGGUGCAGCAGGACGGAGUAAGCUGGACCGAUCCAGAGCUAAAUCUUCUAACGGGAGCAAUUACUCUGUGGAACCAAUAAGGAACCAACCCCUUGACCUUUCCUGUGUUAAGUCGCAUGAAGUUCUGGACAGCUCUGCGCAGAAACACCGCAUUGAACUGAACAAAAAAAGAAAACACAGAGUCCCUAAACUAAAGAAAGGCUUCUUCAGGAUAGGACGCACGACCAUCGGAGCCCCCGACAUCCAGGUCAAACAGUCUUCCCCCAACUCUUCCGCUGCCAGCUCGACUCCCUGUGACAUCUUUCCCACAUCUGUUUUCUACAGCAUCCCCCCGUCCAUUGAACAACAGGACACUGUAGGCUCCCCGACACAGGGCAAUCUCCCCAUAAAGAGCUCUGAUGUGCACAGUUCCAUUGUCAACGUCAGUUCUCCACGCUCCAACGUAAUAACAGCCCUACGGAACUGGGCCAAGAGGAAGCCUUUAUAAUGAAGACCACAGUUGUUGGUGAUACACCAAAAACCAUAGUACAUUCUCCUAGCCCCAACCACUGGACAUUACCCCUAUGAGCCUAGACCCCUACACUACCCCUCUGACCCUAGACACCUUCAUUACCCCUAUGACACUAGACCCCCUACAUUACCCCAAUGACCCUAGACACCUUCAUUACCCCAAUGACCCUAGACCCCUACAUUACCACAAUGACCCUAGACACCCUACAUUACCCCUAUGACCCUAUGCAAGAGCCACCCUAAGUGGCAUCCCCUGGACGAUGUCCAAAAUGUUUGACCAAAAAAGUUAUAUCAUUUGUUUCAAGUUGUUUUUUUACUUCAUUGGUUCUCAAUUUACACUUGACAGCUAGACAAAUGAGGCAAUAAAUUAUAAUUUGCUCUCCAAUCGGCAUUCUCACUUCAUCCACUUAGCACUCCUACAACUCAAAGAUAUUUGAAUAAAUUAAAGGAUAUUUGAACAGUUUAUACAUUUUCUAAUUUUUUCUGAACCCACCUUCAACCCCUUCCCUUUGACAAACAAUUUUAUUACAACCGUUUCCAAAAAAGUUGGGACGCUGUGUAAACUGUAAAGAAAAACAGACUACAAAGAUGUUCAGAUAAUUGAAACCAAAUAUUCAAUACAAAAUGGUACAAACACAACAUAUCAAAUGUUGAAACCGAAACAUUUUAUUAUUUCUUGAAAAAUACAUGCCCAUUUGAAAUUUGACGCUUGCAAC